UCCAGGUUGAAACCAUCAUAGGCAAGAAUGAUGAAGCAAUCAUGAAUUUUGAGAAGGCUCGGUUAAUUGAUCCAAACAUUAUGACAUAUAUGGAUGAGUAUGCAAUUCUCCUAAAAUUUAAAUCGGACUACACUAGGCUAAACAAGUUGGUACAUGAUAUGCUGCAUAUUGAUCCUGCAAGACCAGAAACAUGUGUUGCUCUGGCAGCAUUUUGGGAGAGAAAAGAUGAAAGAAAAGCUUUGACAUAUGCUGAAAAGAGCCUCCGAGUUGAUGAUAGGCAUAUAACUGGCUAUAUUAUGAAGGGCAAUUUGCAUCUUUCAUCAAAUCGGCGAGAUCUGGCAGUAACAGACUUCAGGGCAGCUCAGGAGCUAAGGGCGGAUCUUCGCUCUUAUCAAGGUUUGGUCCGUGCUUAUCUAGCACUUUCUAAAUGUAAAGAUGCAUUAUUCACUGCACGUGAAGCAAUGAAGGUUAUGCAUCAGUCUGCGAAAGCCCUUAAGUUAGUUGGUGAUGUGCAUGCUAUAAGUUCCAGUGGAAGAGAGAAGGCAAGAAAGUUCUAUGAAUCUGCCAUUCGUCUCGAACCUGGAUUUCUUGGAGCAGCAUUGGCACUGGCUGAUUUGCAUAUUGCUGAAGGACGGAAUAAGGAAGCAGUUUUGUUGCUUGAAAGAUAUCUAAGGCAAUGGGCAGAUGAUUCUCUACAUAUCAAGUUGGCUCAAGUAUUUGCGGCAACAAAUCUGCUCUCUGAUGCACUCUCCCACUAUCAAGCUGCACUAAGGAUAAACCCGUACAAUGAAGCUGCCAAGAAAGGAUUGGAGCGGUUGGAGAAGCAGAUGAAGGGAAUAGACCCGGAUGCGCCCGAAGACGAGGACGAGAACGAAGCCGACGACGAUGGUGACCAAGAUGACGCCGAGCUGCUGUAAGGACCAUGGGUUCAAAACGACGUCACAUAUCUGAACGCCGAAUGUGCAGCGAAUGCCGAAGCUGUAAUGUGACAACGCCGAUGGAAGGCAGCACGCUGGGCUCUAUGUGGUGCGGAUGGAGGUUUGAAGGGUGGAUUGCGUGGCGCACUGCCGUGUGCCGAUGCAGUGCGUGGGUCUCAGAAUGGUUGUGCAAUGUACUCUAUGAAAACUGGCUAGGAUAGGAGGUGAUCUGGUGUACUCUAGGAAAACUGGCUAGGAUAGGAGGUGACCUGGUGUUGUUCUGCAAACCCUGUUCGUCAUGGAACGGAAUAUUGUGAGCUCCGUGAGUGCUUGCUAACAACUUAACACAUUGUGCUUAUGAUUUGAAUGAUCGCUGGGAAUUGCUUCUGUUCCAAGAGGAGUUACCUGUAACUGUAAAGUCUCUUUGACUACCCCUCCUCUGUGAAAUUUGCAUUUUCUGGAAGUUUGGAACU